AACGUUCAGAUGUUCGUGAGUGUUUGGCAUUCGUCACAUCACUGUUUCCUCUUACUGGACUGUACCUCUCAGCUGACUAACGAAGCUCCGGAGGAUGUGAUAAGGGUCUUCAGGCUUUAACAGGUGGCGGGUUGAGGGUUCGAGUCGUGGGCAGCAUGAGCGCGGAUUGCGCGGAAUAUUACAGCACGGAGAACGUGUUUGUCAGCGGCUUCACGUGCCCCAAGACCGACAACAACGCGCGCGCGAUCUUCUGCUGCGGGUUCAGUGACGUCAAAUACUGCUGCGACGAUCCCAACAGCUUCUUCCCUUAUGAGUAUGGAUAUAUGUGGUGGCUCAGUUUGGGAGCCCUGGUUGGUUUGUCUAUAGCUGCUGUGGUGCUUUUAGCCUUCAUCAUCACCGUUUGUGUGCUUUGCUACCUGUUCAUCGCCACUAAACCUCGAGGGCUGGACAACGGACUGCCUUUACGAGCACCAGGAUCUGGGCCCAGUCCGAGUCAGCCGAGCGGCGCAUUGGGACCGCAGGGUUUCCGCAAACAUUUCCUGCGUGGCAAACUGGACUGUGACAACCAGCCGCCCGACCCAGACCGCCUGUUCCAGCGCUGCUUCAUGGCUACAGUCACCACCAUCAACGUCGAAGGACCUUCAUAAAGCCCUGGAACCGCAAAUACAACAUGAACAACGUUACCCAGGAGUCUUUUUAAUGGCUUUAUCCAGCAGUCAUGUGACAUUUUGAACCACAGAAAGGAUGUGGAAUUGAGAUCUCCACUCUGUUGGCCUCAACAGACUGUUGGUUUUGGAGACUUUUGUAACAAAAAAACAACUGAAAUCAAUGACGAAUUGCCUCAAUGUUACAAACUCAGUAAAAGUUUCAUUCAUCUUCAA